AUGUUACGGGAUCAUCGAAGAUGUGACAAUCUAACACACACGUGGCGAAUCAUUAGACUGAAGACAUAAUCUGAUAAUUACAAUUUACAUAAUGACAAUUUAGUAUAUGGGUUUUUUUUAGUAUAAAGACAACGAGGGCCUCUUAGCUCUCGUCACUCAAUUAACUCUUUCUUCUUCUUCACAGUUCACAUCCUCUGUUUCACUCAACUGUGUGACUGUGUGUUUUCAUUUUUCUUCCGAAAUUGUGUAAAAAUGGCGACAGAAGAAAUCAAGGUUCCGAGAAUCAAGCUGGGCUCGCAGGGAUUUGAAGUAUCAGCUCAAGGGCUGGGGUGCAUGGGCAUGUCCGCCUUCUACGGCCCGCCCAAGCCCGAACCCGACAUGAUCAACCUCAUCCACUAUGCUAUUGAGCGAGGAAUCACCCACCUCGAUACCGCCGAAACCUAUGGCCCUCACACCAACGAAAUUCUCGUCGGCAAGGCUCUGAAAGGAAUCCCAAGAGAGAAGGCGGAGAUUGCAUCAAAGUGUGGGAUCAAAAUUGUGGAUGGGAAACGGGAGAUUUGUGGUGAACCGGCCUAUGUACGAGCAACACUUGAAGCCAGUUUGAAGAGGCUUGGUAUUGACUGUAUUGAUCUUUACUACCUGCAUCGCAUCGAUAAAACUAUACCAAUUGAAGUCACGAUCGGAGAACUUAAGAAGCUUGUUGAAGAGGGUAAAGUAAAGUAUAUAGGUUUAUCUGAGGCCUCACCUUCAACCAUUAGAAGGGCACAUGCUGUUCAUCCCAUAACAGCAGUACAAUUGGAAUGGUCUUUGUGGUCCAGAGAUGUGGAAGCAGAAGUAAUUCCCACUUGCAGAGAACUUGGCAUCGGCAUCGUCUCAUACAGCCCACUUGGAAGAGGAUUUUUCUCAUCUGGUCCUAAGCUACUUGAGCAUAUGGAGGAAGGUGACUUCAGAAAGGUACUUUUACUCUCUGGAGAAAGUCUCUAGGCCAAGUUAGAUGUUACAUAUUAUGAGUUAGUUUCUUUGAACAAGUCCAAUCUUGUCUACUCGAGCGUAUAUUCAAUAACAAGUCGUUGUCAUACUAUGUAGGCUGGUUAGAGGAUCAUGUCUUUUCUUGUGUUAUGUCAACAAACAUUUUCUUAACUGGGUUUAAAUAUAAAUAGAAACUAUUGAGUAAUUUAGGUUCGAAUCUAAUCCAAAAAUCUUUGUGGAGUAACUUUGAUGAUUGCAUCUACUUAGGAAUCAAUUUCCUAUUUGAUAUGCUUGAUGUUGGCUCUGUUACAAGAAAGAUGACAAUAUUUAAAAAGCAUUAUGAGGAAUGUUGUUCAAGAGGGCUGAGCAACUUAUGUAUAGGCGAUACUAAGAGAGGAUUAGUGCUGUAUAUUAUUAUAAUGUAAAGAUAUCCAAGAAAUUGCAUAAAACAAAAGCCAUCAUGCAUUAGGAUUAAGUGUAAGUUUUCAAGAUACUACAUUCCCCUAAGUACUGCAUUUAAGAUAGCAAGUAGCGAGACUUAACAAGAGAAUCAAUCUUGAAAAUUACAAAGAAAAAAGAAAGAAGCAAGAACAUCUAAAUUUGAACAAGGAAGAUGUUCGUGAUUUCGUUUUAUUUAAUCUUCGAUUCAAGCGUAUUGAAUUAUCAACAUGUUACCAAAAUAUGUCUAGAGCCUUACACUAGAACCAAGUCUUACUAACUACUACAUAUUACUCCCACUGUUUCAAAAUGAUUGUCUAGUUUGGAUUUUCACUAUUACUGCAAUUUGAAUUAGAAAUAGAAAUGAAAAAUUCAAAUUUCACCAUCGUUUUGAGAUGGAGGGAGUAGUAUCGAAUCCAGGCGUUGAGAUCAAAGUAGAUCCUAAAGUGGCAUGUUUGUUCAAUUUUCUUAGACGAACUGAAGUGGCAUUACCUUUGGUAACUAAAGUUGCAAUUCUUGACAGUACAUGCCAAGGUUGCAAGCAGAAAAUUUGGAGCAUAACAUGAAGUUGUUUCACCGGGUAAAUGACUUGGCUGCCAAGAAGGGUUGUACUCCAUCUCAGCUUGCAUUAGCCUGGGUGCAUCAUCAGGGGAAUGAUGUUUGUCCAAUACCCGGCACAACCAAAAUUGAGAAUCUGAAGCAGAACAUCGGAGCCUUGUCUGUAAAUCUCACGGCAGAAGACAUGGCUGAGCUUGAAACCAUUGCUUCAGCUGAUGUUAAAGGUGACAGAUAUGGUGCUGGCAUUGCUACUUGGGAAACUGCUGAUACACCACCUUUGUCAACAUGGAAGGGCAUUUGAAAAGUUUCAUCUGUGGUGCUUUGCUACUUCUAGGCUCUAGCUACAACAUCUUCAUCUCUGGUGUAUCUCUCUUUUUUCGGAGUUGUGCAAAUUUGGAUUGUAAUUCAAAUAAGUUGCUGUAGUACUUGAUGAAAUGUGCCUUUUUCCCUUAAUAAGGUAAGUGCAUUUACAGUGGCAUAGUCGUAUUUGGAGUUCGUAAUUUAUUAAAAAUUUAUCUUUAUCAUAUGAGCAAUGAGAAUUUGCAUACCUUUUACUUCA